AUGAAGUGGCUUGGGGUCCUCGGGCUGGUAGCCCUCUCGGAGUGCUUGGUCACAAUCCCUCUGAUGAAGGUGAAGUCCAUGCGAGAAAAUCUCCGGGAAAACGACAUUCUUCAAGACUACCUGGAGAAGCACCCCUACCGCCCGACCUACAAGUUGCAUAGCAGACACCAGGACCCAGAUGUCUCCUUUGAGCCCCUGAGGAACUACCUGGAUCUGGCCUACAUCGGCAUCAUCAGCAUCGGAACACCCCCCCAGGAAUUCAAGGUCGUCCUUGACACCGGCUCUGCUGACUUGUGGGUGCCCUCCAUCUACUGCUCCAGCCCGGCCUGUGGUAAACACAACACCUUCAACCCUCUGCUGUCCUCCACCUUCCUGGUCUCGGGCCGGCCCAUUAACAUCGUCUAUGGCUCCGGGAGGAUGUCGGGAUUUCUUGCCUAUGACACCGUUCAGAUUGCGGGCCUCGUGGACGUAGCCCAGGCCUUUGGCCUGAGCCUGCAGGAGCCUGGCAAGUUCAUGGAGUAUGCAGUCUUCGAUGGCAUCCUGGGCCUGAGCUACCCUAGCCUUAGCUUCGAGGGCAUCACCCCUGUCUUUGACAACCUGUGGGCACAGGGCCUCAUUCCUCAGAACCUCUUUGCCUUCUACUUGAGCAGCAAGGAAGAGAAAGGCAGCGUGCUGAUGCUCGGCGGCGUGGACCCCUCCUACUACAGCGGGGACCUUCACUGGGUGCCUGUGUCCAGACCUCUCUACUGGCAGCUGGCCAUGGACAGAAUCUCCAUGAAUGGGGAGGCCAUUGCUUGUGUCAGUGGCUGCCAGGGCAUCGUCGACACGGGGACCUCGUUGCUGAUUGGCCCGCAGGACCCUGUCCUCAACAUCCAGAAGGUCAUCAACGCCCAGCACUCCCAUAGCGGCGAGUACGUCAUCGACUGUGACGCCAUCAGCACCCUGCCUGACAUCAUCUUCACCAUCGAUGGCGUGGACUACCCCGUGCCAGCCAGUGCCUACAUCCGCAAGAGCUCAGCACAUAGCUGCUACAGCAACUUCGAGGAGAGCUCCACCCAUGAGUCUGAGCCAUACGAGGUCUGGGUUCUGGGAGACGUCUUCCUGCGGCUCUACUUCACCGUGUUCGACCGGGCCAACAACAGGAUCGGCCUGGCCCCUGCCGUGUGA